CUCAUUAUUAUGCUGACACUUAAUAUCGUGUUAAAAUUUUUAUCUCAAUCAUGAAUAUCUUGGGGUCAAAAUAUUACGGCUAAAAGAAAACAAAUACUCACUGCACUUGUAAGUUGUAAGACUUGUACUUCUCAAAAAAAAAAAAAAAAAAAAAAAGUUGUAAGACUUGUAAGUGGACCUUAAUAUUGGGCUUAGAGGUGAGUAAUGAAUGUUGGGCUUUCUUUAAUGGCUUGUACACAUGAUUGGGCUCAAAACAACCUAUUGGAAGUUGAAAAAUCAUCAAAGAAAAUCCCUCAAAAAAAAAAAAAACAAAAAAAUCCUGAAUAAACCGCUGCUUUCCCCCGCAACCAGAAACUGCCGGCAAUGAUCUGGUAAUGAGAUUCUCUCUCCUCCGCCAUUACCAUCACCUUGUUCAACUUCCAAAGCUCUCAUUCAUGGCUUCUCUAACCACUCAACCACCACCGCCGUCAACGUCCCAAGAAGAGAACCACGAUGAGCUCCUCUGCUCUUCCGGCCCAACACUGUCGGAGGUGAGAGAAGAUAAGGUAGAGGAGAAGGGAUUCUCUUUGGGCCAGCCCAAUGGGUACUUAACCGGAGAAGCUCGGAUAGAGCGGGCUUGGGCCCAUUGGAAGAAGUUGGGCCGGCCUAAAUUGAUAGUUGCUCCCAUGGUUGAUUGCUCUGAGCUUCCGUUUAGGAUGCUUUGCCGGAAGUAUGGAGCUCAGGCUGCUUAUACUCCAAUGUUGCAUUCUAGAAUCUUCUCUGAGACUGAGAAGUAUCGCGCUUCGGAGUUCACUACUUGCCAGGAGGACCGCCCAUUGUUUGUCCAGUUCUGUGCAAAUGAUCCAGAUGUUUUGCUUGAAGCUGCCCGAAUGGUGGAACCUUUUUGUGACUAUGUUGAUAUCAAUUUGGGCUGUCCUCAGCGUAUUGCUCGAAGAGGUAAUUAUGGAGCAUUUUUGAUGGAGAAGCUACCUCUUGUAAAAUCUUUAGUGGAAAAACUGGCUCAAAACCUUGAAGUUCCUGUUUCUUGCAAAAUCAGAAUCUUCCCAGAUUUGCAGGAUACAAUCAACUAUGCAAAGAUGUUGGAGGAAGCUGGCUGCUCUCUUCUAGCUGUUCAUGGUCGAACUAGAGAUCAGAAGGACCAAAAGAAAAUCCGGGCUGACUGGAGCGCAAUUAGAGAAGUCAGAAAUGCAAUCAGAAUCCCAGUUAUUGCCAAUGGGAACAUUAGACACAUGGAUGAUGUCCACAGCUGUUUGGAGGCAACAGGUGCAGAAGGGAUACUCUCAGCUGAUGCUCUCCUUGAAAAUCCAGCCCUCUUUGCUGGCUUUCGAACCCCUGAAUGGGUAGAUGAAGGUGAAGAAAGCUGUAAAGAUGGAAGGAUAGACCAGGCAGAACUGCUAGUUGAGUAUCUGAAACUUUGCGAAAAGUAUCCUGUGCCUUGGAGAAUUGUCCGAGCACACGUGCACAAGAUGCUGGGGGAGUGGUUUCGGAUGCAGCCGCAGGUUAGAGAAGAUCUUAAUGCACAAUCUAGGCUUACAUUUGAGUUCCUAUAUGGCUUGGUGGAUCGGCUUCGGGAGCUAGAUGUUAAGAUUCCACUGUAUUUGAAGGACAGUACUAAUACAUGAUCCAAAUCCAUUGCAAAAGUUCAAGGUAUUUUUUUUUGAAGAGGGAGUUGGUGGCUCACACAAGACAAUGUCAAUAUUAUGUCAUCCUUUGGCUAGAUCUCGACUGCAUCCUUGCGCUGGUAUGUACGACUGCUCGCUCAUCUACUUGAAAGUUGAUCCAUGGCUUAUCUCCUUGGUUUGUGGUAAUGGAUGCUGAAACUCACUUGAUAAAUCCUAUAACUGAACAAUUGCGGACCUUGAAGAAUUUUGUGAAGGAAAUAGGGGCCAAAUUUAUGUAGGAUACAGACCUCUUUGAGAGUGGGGAUCUUUAUUUACCCUUCCCUCUCACUUUCAAAGGUUUUGACUCGUAAGACCGCAAAUACUAGAUCAAGAAAAACUGUGAGAGUUAGCAGUAAGGUCUGAUUUUAAUUCUUUUUCUUGGCCUGAUUUUAAUUCUUUUUCUUUCCUUAAAAAUUAAAAUAAUAAAUAUAUACAAAGUGUGCACCUAUCUUUUUCA